CGCCCGCGCAUGCGCGUGACGGCAGGGCGACACCCGGGCUCGCUCUGGCCGCGGUUGACUCGGCCUGUGGUGGGUACCAGGCGGGAGGUCGGGGGUUUGCUUGGAACCCCCGACUUUGGGGCACGUCAGAAACAAUGCCAGGGCCUUCCACGAUGUUUUGGAUGACAUAGUAGCACGGCUUCAAACACCCUCAAGAUCUCGGUCCCCACUGCUGUCCCACCCACCAUCAAGAUGGAAGCAUUCUGAUAUGAUAAAAUUACCAUUUUAUCUCUUGAUGUGGUGAAGGAAGAUUUUAUCCCUGGGAGUAGGAAAGGACAGAGGCACAAGGUCACUGAUCCAACUCUUUGUAACCCUUGACUUUUUCUGACCCUGGGAGAAGGGAGCAUUGACCUUUCCUUCAUCAGGCUGAAGAUGCCUCUCUUUGGAAGUACGUUUAGUCCGAAGAAGACGCCCCCUCGGAAGUCGGCCUCUCUCUCCAACCUGCAUAAUUUGGACCGGUCAACGCGGGAGGUGGAACUGGGCCUUGACUACGGAACCCCCACCAUGAACCUGGCCGGGCAGAGCCUGAAGUUUGAGAAUGGCCAGUGGAUAGCAGAGACGGGGGUUAGUGGAGGUGUGGACCGGAGGGAGACUCAGCGCCUGCGGAGAAGGAACCAGCAGCUGGAAGAAGAGAACAACCUCUUGCGGCUGAAGGUGGACAUCCUGCUGGACAUGCUCUCGGAGACCACUGCUGAAUCCCACUUAAUGGAGAAAGAGCUGGAUGAACUGAAGAGUGUCAGCAGGCGGAGAAAAUGAAGACCCCAAAGACACCUGUUUGUAGAACAGGGGGAAACCCAUCCAUCAGAAGAGGGGGAUGUGGCUGAGGGUAUUUUUAGCCAAACGGAGGGAUCAGGUCCCGGGAGAGAGCAUCAUAUAAUAGGGCCAGAAGGCACUGGCCCCCUUGGGUUGGCGGUAGGAAGGUGACCGCAGUAGAUUCCAGGCCAGUCCUGUGCUUCACGGCAGGGGAGACCUCCCCGGGGAGGUCUGGGGGUGACAGAAGCCUUUGGGUUUUCUCCAGUCACUUAACACCCAAAUGGCCAUGGCUCAGGCUCACCCUCCUGGGACGGAAGUCAUCCCAUCAUCCCCUCACGUCGGUGUUUGAGGUGUGGCGCCCUCUUGUUGGGAGGUGGGGGGUCUCAGAUGAGAGGCUGUCCUGGUUAUCUGCCCUCCAGCCCAUCCUCUUGCUCCUUUAAAGAACACUCAUUUCCCUCAGAUGCACAACCUCCUCUGGCUUCAGCAUCUCGGCAGCCAGCGCCAGCCUUCCACGGCAACACUAUAUUUUUGUGCUACUUUCCUCUCUACCCUACUUUUUAAAAUUAAAUGAUGCUAUCUAAUCUCUCUCUGGCCAAAAGACUGAAAAAAAGAAGCCUCAGUUCCUGAGGAAGUGAGUUACAGAGGCUGGGUUCUAAUCCUGGGAUGCACUGUCAUCUAGGUUGUGCGGGGAUGUCCCCAUCCCAGGAGAAGCAUUCCAGCUUCCUGGGCAUCCGCAGAGGCUGAGCUGGAGUAGAAAUGGUCACUCUGCCCAGACCCCCUAUCCGCCUUCUUUCUGGACUCGCCUGGACCUGGAGGGAUUGAGUGGUUGGGAUAGAGGGCUGGCUUCCCCAAGUGGGAGUUUGUACCCUUAGAGGGAGCCGGGCUUCUCUGGCUGGUGGAAGGAGCUAGCCAAAGUCAGCAAGAGGGAGUCCAGCUUCCAAAGUCCAGGGGGAAGGCACUGGAGGCGGCACGGAGCUCCAGGCUUUAGAACGGGGAUGGCUACUGAGGUCAGCUGUUUCUGGAUUCCCGUUACCGCCUGGGACAGGGCUCUGGAUCUUGCUUAGACUCUCUUUUGCUCCUCAGCUCAGCCUUGUGGAGCAGGGCAUACCAGUCUGCAUGCCUGUUGGCAGAUAAGGAACCAAACUCCAGAGGUUUCAAAAGCUGGUCUGGGAUCAGACAGAGGAAGUGUGGGAGCCUGUGAUCCACAGCCCACAGUGAAAGAGGGGAGCUGGUGAGGGGCUGCCUCGUGUAGUCCAUCCUCAGGGCCAGCUCCCUGUGGGGUAGAUAGAGAAGCCCCAGCCCAUAAUCUUCCUUCCUGGUGCAGGAGAGACUCACUUAGAAGACACUGAGAAAGGAUACUGGAUGAAGCUGCAAGUCUUCACGUGCAAAUAAUAGGAGCAAUGGAGAGUUUGCCUAUUCCUCAACCAGUGUCUUUAGCAACCAUUUACUGUGCACCCUGGAUGCUAGAUACCUGUAGACAGUGGUUCAGUGGUCUUAUGAUGGUUCAGUUUACAAUAUUUUGACUUUAGAAUGGUGCAAAAGUGAUACCCAUUUAGUAUAAACUGUAUUUUGACCUAUUAUAGUUUUCCAGUCUAGCAAAAUGCUAGCAAAAUGGAUAUUCAUU